AAAAUAGUGUUCUGUACUGCCCUCCUCCGGUCUAGACAGAACAAUUGAGUCUGCGCUUCAGGGAAAAUGAGUGAAUCACUGGUUGUGUGUGACGUUGAUGGAGACCUAGUUAAAAAGCUACGGGAGUUCCGCUUCCGGAAGGAGACUAACAAUGCUGCUAUCAUCAUGAAGAUUGACAAGGACAAGCAGCUUGUCAUCCUUGAUGAAGAACAUGAGGAUAUUUCUCCUGAUGAUCUGAAGGAUGAACUGCCUGAAAGACAGCCAAGGUUUGUGGUGUAUAGCUACAAGUACCAACAUAAUGAUGGACGAGUUUCUUACCCCCUCUGCUUCAUAUUCUCUAGUCCAGUGGGAUGUAAACCCGAGCAGCAGAUGAUGUACGCUGGAAGCAAAAACAAGCUGGUGCAAACUGUCCAGUUGACUAAGGUGUUUGAGAUCAGAAACACAGAGGACCUGACAGAGGAAUGGCUUAGAGAGAAGCUUGGGUUCUUCGGUUAAGACGAGGCCAUUUGGUGAUCUAGUGGACUGAACGGUCUAGAGGAGGAACAAGACACUUGGGAAGAAAACACCAUACCUUACGUUUCCCUCCUCUAUGUACCUAUUCCCAUACAAUCUCCCUCUCCCCUUCAACAUGUGCCAGUUUCCUGUGUCUGUAUAGAAUUAACAUUACCACUCCUACUGAGGUGGACAGAGCAUUCCCUCUCCUACACGAGCAAAACUCAAGGAAAAUUGAAAGGAAUUGUCAUGGCGGCAAUUGCUUUUGAGUUUGAGUUUUGCUUGUUUAGUUUACAUAAUUAUGACUUGAUAGAUUAGAUUCUAACCACUUUUAUUUUUUUUGUCCUAUUUUUAUUUAUUUUUAUACUGUAAUCAAAAGGAUGGUUCUGGAUAUUAAGAGGGGAGCUUUGAUUUGGGGAGCUGUUUUUUUUUCUUCAAAUUAAGUCAUAAAUAUAUGACUUGUGGGAGGAUCCUGGGUUGUGAAGAUAAUACACGACUUUGAUUCUUCUUUAUACAUUUUCAAGAUGGAAGUGCCUCAAGGCUUGAAGCACUUUUGACCUUAAUCACACAAUCAUAGCCAUACAUUUUACAUCCAAAUUCAAUGUAUCUUUGAUUAUGUUGUGUGGAAUUUCUCAUUCUGCUUAGAAAGGUAGGUCAGUAUAAAGAAAUAAAUUCAUUUUUCACUCACUGAUUUAAGUUUAUAUGACACAAUAUGACAACAAAGGAUCUUAAUCCAAAUUACAAUACUAUAAAAAAACAGCUAAAAUACAAUUCACCAUCUGGUUUCUGGGUGUAUACGUUCUUAUUGCAGUUGUUCCGGGGUAAUGGAAUUAUUGAUGCUAUUGGUCGAUAAGUAACAUUUUAAGAGGCUGCAGACUGUUUUUGAGUGAAACAAAGGACAGUUCGAUAUCUCUGUUCAUCUUUGUUUAGUGGAGAAUCAGUGUGAUUCUUAGUGAGACUUUGCAGUGAGGUAAUGUUUUUCACCCCAAAUGGUACACUAUUCCCUACAUAGUGCACUACUUUUGGUCAAAAGUAGUGCACAAUGUUUUAUACCAUUUGAACUGUGUCCUUCAAAGUGCAGAACCUGUUUCGCCUACAAAGAUUUUCACUGAUAUGUUCUUGAAAGAAACCUCUGUUUUGUUUUAGGGCCAGUUUCCCAGACACAGAUUAAGCCUAGUCCUUGGACUAGAAAGCUUUUUCAAUAGAGACUCACUUAAUGUGUGUCCGGGAAACCAGUCUGUGUCCCAACCUUGGACAGGUGUGAAUACACUGGGAGAUUAGAGAGUCAUCUUUUUGCCUUUUUUAAAUCCUUUAUUUUUUAGCAGGCGUGAAAGAACUUGAAGAGCCGGUUUCCUGGGCACAAACUAAGACUAGUUCUGGACAAAAAAAGCACUUUCAGUGGAGAUUCUCCAUUGAACAUGCCUUAGUCCAGGGCUAGUCUUAAUCCUACAGUAUGUCCAGGAAACCGCUCGACAAGUAUACUGUAUUACAUUUGGAUUGGUGAUAUUCCAAAAGGCUGUUUCUCUUUCCAUCAGAGUAUUCUUCCGAAGAACAUAUUUAAAAUGUAAACUCCGAAAACAAACAAUGACACUCUCUUUCCCCGUAUAGUGCACCAUAGGACUCUGGUCAAAAGAAGUGCACUAUAAAGGGAUUAUGGUACCAUUUGGGACGUGAACAAUGACUUAUGUCUUACCAUCUGCUGAAACGUGACAUCAAAAAGCAAAAUAAGACUAUAGCUUUAAACAUCACCUCAUAAUCCUGUAUGUAUGAACUGUACUGGAACAUUCCUGUUUUUACUCUGAAUUGUGCAAUCAGCUGGUGUCAAUGUGAAAAAUGAAAACGCUUAAUGAGCCGUAAAAAAAAAAAAAAACCUUUGACGUGGUAAGCUACUGUAAAUACAAGUGCAUGCUUUCGUCAGUGUGUCUUUGUCCGACAGUUUGCAUUAUGACAAAAAACAGCCCAAACAAGCCUUCAAUAGUAUGUCAGUUUGUAGAGCAUGUUCUUUGUUUUACACAGUGAAUGUAUCCUCAAUAAUGAAUUCAAAAUUGGCAUACUUUGAUUGACACAAGCAAUAAUAUAGAGAACAUGCAUGCAAACGCAAUCACAGGGGGAAGUUGCUGACAAAGUGUGUUAAGAUUAAACACUACAGUAGUUGGAUAAUUAUCAACAUGUUUUUUAGAUAAUGUGUGUUCCAAAUGUCACCCUGUUCCCUUUAUAGUGAACUUAUUUUGACCAGAGUCCUAUGGUCCCGUAGUGCACUAUGAAGGGAACAGGGUGCCAUUUGGAACUGAUGAUGGAACUGAUGAAUAGAGAUAAUCAGCCCUGGAAAUAAUUAUUCAAUCUGCAUUCAUUAAUAAGAUAUAGCUAUAUCCUUGUAGAAACAUGUGGCCUAUUAAGUGUAUUGAUCGCUUUGAAUUGAUGUAUUUUUCCUAUUAUAGUUCUGUACUUUCUCAGAUCAACAGCUUUUAUUAAUUUUUUCUUAACAAAACAGCAACUCAAAACAUGUAACAUAUUCGGCUACCCAAUGGUGUCAGUGAAACUUGUGAAAUAUUUGUAUUUUUCCAUGCGUAAUACAGUUGUCCCAAUAAAACAAAAAUGAUGUUUAAUGUUGUAUGCAUUAAAUGUAAUAUACAAAGUCA